AUGAUAUCUAUUUCUGUUCAAAUCGAGUCAUCCCUCAACCAUCCAUAUUGUCCAUUCACUACGCCUAGCUCGGAUUUGACUAGUGUUCUAGUGAGGCAGUUGUGGUAUGGACGAUGGGCAUUUUCUGGAAUAUGUGGGUUCUCGUUUCUUGCAGAAAUCAUGUGUUGCAGCUGUAUCGAGGUCAUCGUGGCCAUUUUUCUUCCGCCACUCGCUGUUUUGAGCCACACGGGAUGCACUAUAGAUCUCUUCAUCAACGUCAUCCUUACCAUUUGCGGCUACAUACCCGGAGUGAUUCAUGCCAUUUACGUAAUCUGCUCUGAUAGAGGACAGCAAGCUGGAGUGAGAGUGACGACUAACGUAAAUGUUGCUCAGCCGAGCAUUCCGAUGUACCAACCGGCAGCAGGUUACCAGCCCGUGCAGCCUCCUCCCGCACCCGUCUAUUAUCCAGAGCCGUCGGCAGCUCCACCCGUGUACUAUCCUGAUCCCUAUCAGAAGUAUUGAAUUCAUUUUCUGUUCUAACAGUUGUUGCAAGGUUUUUUGAGGUUACUCUAGGUUUUUGACCAUUUUCUUUAUUAUGUUUCUCGCUUGGAUCUGUCCAUUCUUUCGGUGUUAAUUGCUCUAUGUAAAUUCGGCUGGAUGAUGAAGUAUUCAACAG